AUUUCGCAAUCGGUCUUUUCCGGUAUUAAGGCACAACAUUCAAAAUGGCCGACGAAAGUGUUGAGGAGAAAAAAGUGUGCACAUUUAUUAAGAAAACAAUAAGAAGACCUCAUUUUCAGCGUAAAUCACAAUCAAGUGGUUCAGAGAGCAGUGAUGAAAAUGACGGAAACGUUGUUAUCAAAGCAAAGAGAGCUAGAGGACCACAAAGAAUGGUUCAGUCAACGAAGACAAAGAAGGUUGGAUAUGAUGAUAUAUCUGACAGUGACAGUGAUGUGGAUGUAAGAAAGUCGGUAGCAGUGACUUAUAAAUCAUCUAGAACAGGGAAAAGUGAGGGACCACAAGAUAUGGGUGCAACAUCAACAGUUCAGAUUGAUACGGACCUAGCAAAUGAUGCCAGGGCUAUCUUUGAGAAACAGCAAGAAGUCAACAAGGAGUUAAAAGGUAAAGAAGAUGACAAGGUAUACAGAGGGAUCAACAAUUAUCAGGUGUUCUAUGAAAAGAGAGACACGGCUCAGGGUAAUGCAGCAAGUAACUCUGUCAGGAAAGGACCUCUGCGGGCACCUGCUCAUUUGAGAGCAACAGUAAGGUGGGAUUAUCAGCCUGAUAUAUGUAAAGAUUAUAAAGAAACUGGAAUGUGUGGCUUUGGAGACAGUUGUAAAUUUUUGCAUGACAGAAGUGAUUAUAAACAUGGCUGGCAACUAGAAAGGGAGAUGGAGCAAGGUACAUACGGACAUGGACAGGAGGAGAAUUACGAGAUCAGUAGCGACGAGGAUGAGCUCCCUUUCAGAUGUUUUAUAUGUAGAAAAUCUUUUGUUAACCCUGUCAUUACAAAGUAAGUAUAAUGAUAUUGACUAGAUUUUAUAUUCAUCUAUUUGAUGGGUAGAAUGUUCCAUAUU